GUACAAACCCAAGAUUUUCGGUUUUGGUAAGGUUAUUCUUUGAUCAUAGGUAUUUAGAUUUCAAUAUUGCUAAUAGAAGAAGGGACUGGGCACAAAUGUUAAUGGUACAGAGAUGUUAUUGGGGAUUAUAUGGCUUCUGGGAAUUUCAUCAUUUUUCUCUGGACACAGAAGGGAAAAUGUUUGUAUAUUGUCGAUAAGGUUUCUUAGGCUUGAAGUAACAUAAACUGGAGUAACUUGAUCAAAGAGACUAUGGGGAAGCAAUUCCGGGAGAAGGAGUAUGCAAUGUGCAAUGGAAACAAUAGUCAUCAUACUCAUCCAGGACGAGUUUGGGGAAUUCUUCAUAUCAUAAAGUACCAUCAUUGGCGUCAUGUCAAGAGAAGGCUCACACAGAGGAGGCAUGGUUGUGGAAGACCCUUUGCAAGAGAUGAAAUUUCAUGUAGUUUUGAUGACUCUGAGGUUGAUAAUAUGCAGGAACAUUAUCAUCCAAAUACAAACUUGGCUGAUGAUGAAGAAAAGGUGGUACACUCCACUCCAUCAUCCAAAUAUUCCAUCAAAUCCAAAAUAAAAGCACUUCUUCAUGAGGAUGUAUACAAAAAGAAGGGUAGUCGACACAAGAGAAGCUCAACCUGUCCUACAAAGUCACAGCUAACCCGCAUCAAUUCCGUUCAUCAUUUGGAGGUUGAUCCACUGAGUGAACUCUUAUUAACUGUUGAAAGUCCUGAACCAGUUCUAGAAACCUUUCAGAACCAUCUUGCUGCUGGCACAUUGGAUGUUUUGUCACCAGUUUUCUCAGGGAAACCUGUUAACAACAAUGACAAAUGUUUAGACUGUGGCACAAUGUUUUCCAAUGACAUCUUGGAGCAUAAACAUCAUAGGCAAUUAACUGAUGCAAACUUGAGUUCCCCUAGUGAAGGCGCGCCAGAAGAGAAGCUGAUGAAUGCAAAGAUUUUCACAACUGAUGCUUCACCCCACCUUUUCAAGGAUUUUCUUGAUGCUCUAGAUGUUAUCAACACAAACAAGGACUUUCUGUUAAAAUAUAUUCAGGAUCCAGGCUCUCCUUUGCCAUUCCAUAGUCAUGAUCAACAAUCUUUCAGAAGUAAAUCGAGACGUACGAAAUCUAUCUCGUUUCCUGUGUCUGGCUCAUCAUCAGGAACCAAAGAUUCUGAGCCAGGACCUCUCAUAAACCAAAUGGUAGAUGAGUGGUUCAAUGCAAAAGAGGAGGGUCACAUGCCAAAUGUAUCCAUGUCUGAGUGUUCAGAAGAUUUUCACCGACAUUCAAUGUCUUCAGGUUCUUCACAUAAAGAUGAACAAUUCUUCUGUCCAGAUGAUAAUUGGGUUGAAAGAGAUCAAAGUUCUUCCUCAGUUUCAUCCAACCAAGUGAGAACUAGGCAUUUCAAGGAUCUCAGACAGAAGAUAAAGCAUAUAAUUGAAGAGAGCAAAAAUGAAAAGCACCGCAUAACCAUGGAUGCUAUACUCGAUAAAAUUCCUCGUGGAAAUAGGUUCUCCAGAAAUGUAAAGAAUUUGAUCCAUGACAACCAAUCCAAAGACCCCAAUGGAGAAGGAAAAGACAGUGCCACGAAUGGCUAUAGUAAUCGUCUCUCUUCGCGUUCCUUCAACAAGCGCCAACUAUCGCCCACAAGGACUUCAUCUUUGAGAGAAUCAGCUAACAGAUAUUCUCAACUAUAUGAGACUUGUUUUAACAGUGAAGCCAAGUAUCCUAAGACCGAUAGCUUGAAAUUGAGAACAGAAGAGAGAAGCUCAUUGUUAAAGACCCCAAAAUCCUUUAAAAGGUUUCUUUCAUUGCCUAAUCUGAAAUCUUACUUCCACCAGAAUGAGGAGCCUUCUGUUCCUUCAUCUCCCCAAAGUUCAAUUAAAAAAACUGGAGAUAGAACCACAAGCACAAGUGUUAGUGAUGACUCAAAGAGUCAAAUUGUGCUACCUGUGCUUGCUGAUAACACAAUUCCAGAAAGCAGCUUGAAAGCUGACCAAAAGAACCUUCUUGUGAGGAGUGCUUCAAAAUCAGGAUUAGAUAUUAAUAGUGAGGCAAAGGAUGAUAAGAGUACAGAAAUUGAUGGUUUAGAAAACAGUGAAGGUGCUGAUUGCAAUGAACUGGCAAUUGGAUCUGCAACUCCUAUGCUGGUAGAAACAAACUCUGCCUUCUCUUCUGACACCAGCUUUCUGGAUGUUACAUUUGAGUUGGAGAACUUAAAUGCAUUGGAAGAAUCAGAUUCAGAAUUAAAGCCAGGGACGGAUGAUGGAUUGGAUAAUAUAGAUGAGCAACAAGAGGAAAAACUGGAUCACACUGAGGUGGUUGAGAAUGGAGAGAAUUUUCAGAAAUUCGAAACUCUAAGCAAACGAUUCGUCUAUGAAAUUCCAUGUAUUGAAGUGCAUGCAAGUCAUAAAGCGGCAUUUAAUUAUGUGAGGAAGGUUUUAGAGCUCUCAGGGUUCACUAGCCAUGAAUCUCUUGGAAUAUGGUAUGCUGAUGACCAGCCAGUUGAUCCUUCAGUAUAUGAAGAAUUGGAAGGUUGCUUGCUUCUGGAUCCUGAUUGUUCUGGUAAUUGUGAUGAAGAUGGACAGUGUAAUCAUCUGCUUCUCUUUGAUGUAAUCAAUGAGGGAUUGUUAGAGAUUUUUGGGAGAUCAUACAGCUAUUAUCCAAGACCCUUGUCCUAUCUCUCUCAUGUUCAUCCCUUGCCAGCAGGAGGUGAUGUUCUUCAUAAAGUAUGGACACUCAUUAGCUGGUAUCUGAACUCAACUUCUGAUGCUUACCAAUCAUUGGAUUACUAUGUGAGCAAAGAUUUAGGAAGAAGUGAUGGGUGGAUGAACCUCCAAUUUGAUUCUGAAUGUGUGGGGCUUGAGCUAGAUGACUUGAUUUUUGAUGAUCUUUUAGAGGAAAUUAUCUGCACUUAAGUUUUGGCUUGGUAUUUUCCUCAUAUAUACUACUUCUCAUAGCAUUAUGGUUAAGUUUUGAUGUAAGAGUUAAUGUAGCUACUAGUGUUUAUUCUUCCUCUUGCUAUUCCUUCUCAAAGAGAAUGAUUCAAGGAAAUAUAUUUGUAAAUUAAUCACGCACAGCUGGAUAGUUGUUUGAAUCUUACACAACCAUAUAAAAUUGAAUAUCUGUGCAUCUGAAUAAAAUUAAAAAUGUAA